GAUGCUUAUCGAAAAAGCUAUCGCUGGACUACCGCCUCUAAAUAAACGCAUAGAAAAUAAUUAUUUAGUUUAUAUCUGAAAAAAUGUCCGCAUCCGUGGAAUUAAGCUCGUAUCGCGACCAGCACUUCAAGGGCUCUCGUUCGGAGCAAGAACGUUCGCUUCGCGACUCGACUACUUUAUAUGUGGGAAAUCUUAGCUUCUACACGACAGAGGAGCAGAUUCACGAGCUAUUCUCCCGAUGUGGCGAUGUCCGGGUUAUAGUAAUGGGUCUAGACAAGUACAAGAAGACUCCUUGUGGAUUCUGCUUCGUAGAGUACUACAUAAGAUCCGAGGCGGAGGCGGCCAUGAGAUUUGUUAAUGGCACACGCUUGGAUGAUCGACUGAUUCGAGUGGACUGGGACGCUGGAUUUAUUGAGGGCAGGCAAUAUGGACGCGGCAAAACCGGCGGACAGGUGCGUGAUGAAUAUCGCACGGAUUACGAUGCCGGACGAGGUGGCUACGGCAAACUAUUGUCCCAAAAGAUCGCGCCAAACACUGACAACCGCUAAAACUAAGAUAAGAUUAAAGACUAAGCCCACAAUUAGAAAUUAAAGCAAACACUUAGUAAUAACAUCUCUAA